AUGGGAUGUCAGUACUCUUGCCUAUCCAGGACUGGAUAUUUGGACAAAUCUCGUAAGCGCAAACUGCAAUCGCUAUCCUAUAUCACUAGAAUUUCAAAUAAGGGGUCGCGAAAGGAUAUCUUGGAUGCUGUUUCCCCCAGCAAGAAGAAACGACGACUGAAACAUUUAGCUACAGAAAGGAAGACCAAAACGUGCACAGCUUCCAAGUUCAUUGCAAAACACCAAAAACCAGAGAUGCCUGUUCGUGGCAUUCUCAAGAAUCAUUCAAAAUUGGUCUGGGAUCAGAACUCAACAAUUUGCAAUUUGCAAGAAGUUACUCAAUUGAAUCAUUGUUCUCCUCAGCAGUCCAACAGGCAUGUCCAGUUCACGGGUAAAGAUGAUAUACUUGAACAGAGGAGGAAAGCUUUUACUUAUGAAGAAUGUCCUGAGUUGCAACCCAUAUGCAGUUUCAAUUUUGAUGCCAUUGCUGCUUCUUCAGUAAAGGAAGGUCAAACAGAGAGGGGAAAGAAUUUAGGCAUUGUGAUGAUGAAUGGAAGCAAGAAAGAUGCUUCCAUUAGCACAGAAAACGAGACUGACUUUUUAUGUCUAACUGAAAAACAGUUGCCUGUCAUAGGUCAUGUAAUUGAUUCGCCAAACUAUCCUCAUGUUAGGUGUGAAGAGCAUUUGCUUGAUAGAACUGUAAAUGGAAAUUUGCAUUUGCUUGAACAACGCUACAAAACUGCUUCUCAUGACCCCUUAUAUGCUUCCACUCCUAGGUUUCUUUCUCUGGCAAACGACGGGUAUACUCCCAAUGUAGUUACUCAUGUAGGCAGAGAUAUAUCAAGAGCUUCUAGUAACAGUGGGAUGUUGAUUGAUCAGUCUGGGGAUCCCAGGCCUAGACCUGCUGCAAUGUGUUCCACGGAUCACAUGAAAGCAUUUCCUCAGCCCUCGUCAACUUAUUUCACUAGUUGUUAUGGAAAUGCAAGUGGGUGGCCUCCAUUUCCCUCACAAACCACUGCAGAUAAUAACAAUGGUCAUGCUUUGCCCUACCAACCAUUCCAUCAUAUGUCUCCCAAGGAAUUGAUGAGUAGUAUUUGUUCACUUCCAGAAUGGAAGCAAAAAAUGGCUGCGUGUAGAGAAAAGUGUAUGGGUGAAGAUUUCGUCGGCUUGCCUCUUAAUUCUCAAGGGGAACUAAUACAGUCGAAUUCAAGUGGUAAUGGCAGGUACCAGCUGAUGAGGUCAAGUACAAGUGGUUCUGCCAUGAGCUUCACUGUGAACAAUAAUGCACAAUCAAAAAGCCCUGGUGAUGAUUGGAACUUCAGGAAUUGUGGCAGUAGAGCACCACCAAAGGACGCAUUGAAACUGUUUCCUGUCCAGGACUGUGUGAAAGGUAAUCCUGAUUUAGCUGUGGCAUGUAGACUAGGUUUUCCUGAAUUACAAGGUGUUGGAAGAACAAAGGAUGACUUCUUGGACUGUGUGAGGAGAAAUGAUCACCCUGUUUAUCCGCUGGAGUCAGAACUGGACUGGAUGAACAUCUCUCACCAUGGACACAAACAAUAUGACCAGGUUCAGAAGGGCAAUGGAAAUGGGAAAGUUCAGGCUCUGAGAGACCGGAUGUCACUGAAUGUCACACAACCAACAAUGCGGCUGAUGGGGAAAGAGUUUACAGUUGCUAGAGGUAACACAGACUUGCAGGGUCUCGAAGAUGGAAAUGUUUGGACUGAUAAGCAGAUCAUUGCUGAGUAUCGUCCUCCCAAAACUUCCAUUGUCAACUGCCCAGUAAAUAAACAGAAUCAGCAGGACUCGAUUGUGCAUCCAGCAUCAGAAAAACUGCAAGAUACCAUGGCGGCUUCAUCGGAAUUUAAAGCCAAUCAGGUAUCACCGAGUGUUUUACCAGUGAAACCUACAGAGUCUAGGUCAUCUCUCCCUUACCUUGACUGUCAGACUGAUGUAGUGUACAACAAUAGGUGUGACACCAUCAAUUUAAACCCUAUUCCUGAAUUGGCUUCUUAUUCUCCUCCAGCUGCUUCGUUUGGGUUAUAUAACCGGGCACCCAUUUUCCAGGUUCCCUUCACAUGUGGAUAUGAGUCUCUAAAUGCAAACUCCCCGAUCCCCAUAGUGGCAUCUUCUCCUCACAAAACAAGUCAGAAUACAAAUUCAUAUUCCGCUUCACCCAAAAACAGGCUGAAUUUACCUCAUGCUACAAAGUCAUCCUUCAAGUUUCCUUUCUUGCGUCCAGAUUGUGGAGAUCACUUCCAGCCAUCUUGGUAUCCAAAUAGCAUGCCCCAGAGGUUUCCAGAUACACCACAACAGAAGGGAAUAUUGAUUGGGUCUUUCAAAUCAAAUUCUGAUGCAACUAGUAGUCAUCACCCUUGCAACAUAUCUGAAAAUAAUUUUUAUGCUGGCACUACAGUAUAUCGGUCGCCAGAGAUUUCCUAUGCGUACAAUCCUGUGCUUUUUCACUCUCCCUUGCCAACUCCACUUGCUUCAGCAUCGUUUUCUCACCCUACAGUCAUGCCGGUUUGCCCUGAGUUCCCACCACUUCCUGCUAUAAACAACAAACAUGGAAACAGGAUGAAGUUCAAAGGCCAAAUCAAGUCAAGAGUCAUUUUAAAAAGCCGUGAUCAUGGUAAAAAGACCAACAAGAGGCCUGCAGCCUUAUCAGAUGAUUGUACAAAACCCACUAAAAAACCUAACUUGGUAGUCCAACAAGUUUCUAGUUUUGCUACUCAACCACUGAAGGUUACUGGAGGUUUGGAUGAUGAUGUGCAGUGUGGCACAUCAUUUGAAUUGGAUGCAGCCAAAGAUAAAGCCAGCAGCAUGGGAUGUGGCCAAAACAGUACUCAAAAUAAGGGAUCUAGAGUUAUUUCUGUGAUUGAGUCAUCAAAGUUGGAGAAUAGUCCAAAAUUAGGUCCCAUUAAACUAACAGCCGGGGCAAAGCACAUCCUUAAGCCCAGUCAUCUAGAUCAGAACAACUCCAGGCCGUUCCAUUCAACCAUCCCUUUUGCUGAAGCAACUAGUUCUGGUUGGGUUUCAGAAUCUAAUGGAAAGUCAGCAAAGAUGUACAGCUUUUAGGAAAAUCUGCCUUCUUCAAAGACAGAAGAGGCUGUCAUUAUCUUACGCUGGCUAUCAAAUUGAAAGGGGAUCUGAAAGAGGAACUGCCAGAUGAAGAAGCAGCGGGCUGAUCUGACCUGCAUGCCUGCCUUCGUUUCAUGACAACUUGUAACUUCUCCUGACGUUUGAACUGCUUAAUUCUGUUGUUAAUUAAUGCUGUCCUUUUAUUUAUAACAGGC